AUGUUCCGUCUUCCUCCCUACCCAUCACCUGCAGCAUGGAAAAGCCUUUCGCCUUCACAAAAAACCUCAACGCGGGCCUCCAUAGCCUCUGCACUAGCCCAGUCAACUUCCCUUCCCGAAUCCAAACUCGACAUCUCAGCCGCAAUCGCAUUCGUCUCCAUCUACGCUCGUGACCAUGCGCGAGCCACACUCGAAGGCCUCAUUUGGGGCAGCGACUCGAAACAGGACGAUAAAUCCAUCCGCCAACGUGUCCUCGUGCUGGCCGGGAAGCUGGGGAAACAGUUGGAGCUGGAGGCACUUGUCGAUUUGGCCAUAGUUUAUGCGAAGACGAAUUCGACUCAAAUACGCGCCAUUCUUGCUCAUACGCAGCCAUCCCAAGUCAGAGCAGCCCUCCUGCCUGCUUUUACGCAGCUUUUAUCGACAUCUCAAGGCAUCUAUGCAUUACGCAAAACGAGCUACUGCGUCGCGGCAUUCCUUGCUGUCUGCCCCGAGGAUUCUUUAAGAGUCUUCGCUCGGGACAAAGAUUUCAUCGUCGCGUUGGCAAAAGUAUACGAAGCUGGACUGGCUGAUAUUUCCCGUUCUUAUGGUGGACUGGAGCUCGAUGGCGCUAGAGAAGCGGACGAGUGGGAACGUCUUUUUGUCGAAACCAAGGUCUCCCUCAUCGAUGCCUUCCACAUCAUUAUCCGCACCAUUCUCUCUGAUCUCGCAUCCGCCAAAGGUCCCAGUCUCGCAAUCGAAGCCGACCGCACUUUUGAUAUUAUAUUCGCCUUACUUUCAUCCGAGAACAAUCAAGCAUCGACCCCAUUUUUCAACCGCACGCUGCUCGCCGACUACCAGCAAAGCUACGAUUUGGCACAGACGCUUGCCGCCGCGUUGAAGAAUGCCCAGGAGAAAGACGCUCGUCUUGAUGUGCUCGAAGCCAGUCUCAGAAGUUUUGAUGACACAGAACGUAAACCAGGGGCGUUGAAAAUCCUCUUACGCUCCUCAGGCAUUGCAGUAGGAGUCGAUAAUCUUGGCAAGGGCAAAGGAAAGUCAAAGGCUGCUCCCGUCGAACCGGAAGACCCCGAAAUCGACCUCCACGUCUCACAAGUGCUCGAUAUCCUCCCCGAACACGAUCCAGCAUAUAUCAAAGCACUGCUAAAACUUCCACCGUACACAAAUCCGAGUCAGGUGAUCGAUGCUCUCCUGGAGGGUACUGCACCCAGUUUUGAAGCGAUAUCAUUGUCAGACGAAGAGCGGAUACAUGAUGCUGCGCGGGCGGUGAAUGAGCGGAGAAAUAUCUUCAACGAGGAGAAAUUUGAUUUGAGUAACGUGCAUAUUGGGAAGAAGACGCAGGAUGAGACGACCGUCCUGCGAGACAGGACGUUCAUUGAGCAAAUGAAGGCGGACAUUCUACGGCGGGCGGAAGCAAUAUCUGACGAGGAGUCGGAGGGAGAAGAAGGGGCCAAAGUCAAGGCAGUUGCCUACCUCGAAGAUGAUGUGGAUGGCGUGCGGGUGCUAGGUGAUGGCGAACAAAGUGAAGAUUCCGACCACGAAGAUGAAAAGCCGUCACCGGAGACUAUUUGCGAACUGGCGUAUAUCCGCGACCCACAUUUGUUUGACCGCGAUGCCCAAACGCGCAGGAGCAAAGCGCGGACUGAGUUGAGGGAGAAGACGGGCUGGGCAGACGAGCAGCUCGAGGGCUGGCGGAUCAUGUUGGAGAAGGAUCCGCGAAAGGACAAGAUUCUACAGAAACACGAGUUUGCGGGGAACCAGACACCGAUUGUCCAUAAUGAAAGUGGUGCAUCGACUUUGGUUGGACGUGUUGGGCCAGACGCGUUCGAUGACAUGGGAGGGGCAUAUGAGAACAUUGAGAAGCGCAUCGCAGAGAUGGACAAGUUCAGAGAAUGGAGUCCAGGUACAGAUUUUGACGACUACAUUGCUAGCCCACGAGCUUACACGAUCUAA